AUGUAUCCCAUCGCUGAUAGUAAAUGGGUAAGUCCGGUGCAAUGUGUUCCUAAGAAGGGUGGCAGGACUAUUGUGCCAAAUGAAAAGAAUGAGCUUGUCCUGAUGAGACCAGUUACUGGUUGGAGAGUAUGUAAAGAUGAAUGCUUACAUGGAGAAAGAUCAUUUCCCUAUGUAGUUCAUGGACCAAAUAUGGAUCAUCUUGUAGGCAGGGGUUGGUAUUUCUUUCUAGAUGGAUACUCUGAGUAUAAUCAGAUUUCGAUUGCUCCAGAGGAUCAAGAUAAGACAACUUUCACAUUCCCAUAUGGCACCUUUGCUUUUAGGAGGAUGCCUUUUUGA